AUGUUUUGAUUUGAGUUUGCAUGAGUCGAGUACACGCGAGUGUUCUGAAAACAAAUUAGUUUGUGUCCGCAGGUCAGCAACAUUAAAAACGCGUAAUGUUCAGAAAUAUUAUCACGGUUUGUAUUAGCCAAUACAAACCAGCGGUGCUAAUUCGAAACUAUGGAAAACACAAUAAGAAAUAUUUGUACAAGGAUGGUGUAAAAGUGAACAACAUUUUCUAUUAUCCCAGCCAAAACAGUGCACAUUCAUUACCGGAGACCACGGGAGAACCAUCGAAACUGUUCCGAAUUCGUCGUAUCAAACCGAUUAAAGGAUGCCCCUAUUGGGAGAAACGAAUUCUAAGGGAUCUCGGACUUUAUGAGUCAAAUGCAGUUGCAGUUGUUAAAAAUAUCCCGGAGAAUAAUGCCCGCCUAUGGAAGGUCAAGCACUUAAUUGAAGUUCUUCCAAUUCGAUUUCCUUACGGGGAGCCAACGGAAGCAGACCUGAGCUACACAUUUCUGAAGGAAAACGGAGAUUGUGUUGUGGUGAAGGACAUCACAUCCCGAACGGCCCGAGACGACCGUUUAGAAGCUGCUGUCAAGUUCACUAAAACCGAAGAAAGGAUGGAUGGUGAAACGCUACGGAAGGAUUCGCGGUUAAAAUGGUUGAAUCCAUGGUAAUUUGUAUAUUAUUUUAAUUAAAAAAUCGAAGAAUUGUAAUAAUCGUAA